UCUCCCGGUAGCACGUUACUGCUGGGUAUGAAGAGGUUGUCUGUGCUGCUGGUGGACUGCAGGAAAACAACAGGGCUGAGUGGAACUGUGAGAGGAGGAGAAGAGAAGAAAGGAUCAGAUUUGACACAUCAAAGAGAAAGACCAGACCCAGAGGAACCAGAGCCAGGGACGUCCAAACCAGCAAGACGACACCAGUACUCCCACUGUGGAAAGAGUUUUAACCAGAAAGCACACCUGAAAGCUCAUGAGAGAAUACACACAGGGGAGAAGCCUUACCACUGCUCCCAGUGUGGACAGUGUUUCAACCAAAAAGCACACCUGAAACAACACGAGAUAAUACACACAGGGGAGAAGCCUUACCACUGCUCCCAAUGUGGAAAGUGUUUCAAACGGCCUUGUCAUCUGAAACAGCACGAGAGAAUAUACACAGGAGAGAAGCCGUACCACUGCUACCAAUGUGGAAAGGGUUGUAACGGGUUAUGGGGCCUGAAACAACAUGGGAUAAUACACACAGGGGAGAAGCCUUACCACUGCUCCCAGUGUGGAAAGUGUUUCAACCAUUCAGGGGAGCUGAAACGACAUGAGAGAGCACACACAGGGGAGAAGCCUUACCACUGCUCCCAGUGUGGAAGGAGUUUUACUGGUUUAGGGACACUGAGACACCACGAGAGAAUACACACAGGAGAGAAACCUUACCACUGCUCCCAAUGUGGAAAGCGCUUCAACCAUUUGGGGGAGCUGAAACAGCAUGAGAGAAUACACACAGGGGAAAAGCCUUUCCACUGCUCCCAGUGUGGAAAGUGUUUCGGCCUUUCAGGAACGCUGAAACGACAUGAGAGAAUACACACAGGAGAGAAGCCUUACUACUGCUCCCAAUGUGGACAGGGUUGUAGUGCGUUAUGGCACCUGAAACAACACGAGAGAACACACACGGGGGAGAAGCUUUACCACUGCUCCCAGUGUGGAAAGUGUUUCAGCCAAUCAGGGACGCUGAAACGACAUGAGAGGAUACACACAGGGCAGAAGCCUUAACCACGCCUCCCAGGGUGCAAAGCUUUUGCCCAUUUAGGAAGCCUGAAAGGACACAUUAAACUGCACACAGAGGAGGAGGCUUAGAAAAGCUCAGACUGUGGGAAAACAUAUUACUCAUAACAGUCACUUAAACGUCAUUAGAGAAUCCACACAGGAAAGAGAAAUUACUUCUCUUAGCGUGUAUGUUGAUAUUUCACAUCACAUUGGCUUAAAUUCAUCAGAGAACGUACACAGUGCUCCUGUUGUCUUAUAUUGUUGACUGACAAUGUGUUUACCUGUCUUUACCAGAUGAAAUUAAAUGGUACAGGGUAUACUCAAACAUAUAUUUGACCUACAAAACUAAGGAGAUGAUACCAUCGCUCUGUACCAUCACUCAUUCAUAUAUCUUUAUGUACAUAUUCUUUAUCCCCUUACACUUGUGUCUAUAAUUAAGGUAGUAGUUUUGGAAUUGUUAGCUAGAUUACUUGUUGGUUAUUACUGCAUUGUCGGAACUAGAAGCACAAGCAUUUCGCUACACUCGCAUUAACAUCUGCUAACCAUGUGUAUGUGACAAAUAAAAUUGUGCUCAUCACCCAAUGCUUCAGGAAUUCAGACUGUCUACACUGCGCUGUGUAACUCUGUUAUUCUCUCUGAGCUCAGAAAUAAAGAAUCUUGGUUUGA